AUGGCUUCGAAAGGAGCCGUUUUGCCUCUCUUGAGGCGCGAACUGCGACCAGCUGCCUCCCGAUUCUCAAGAGCUUCUUUCUCAUCUGCCGCAGCCCCUCUUCGGAGCUCUAGAAGCUCGGUUUUGGCUUCCGGUCGGAGGACAACCCGUCAGGCAGCACUCUUCACACCAAGUCGGACUCUCGGCCAAUUUAGAUGCUUCUCGCAGUCGCUAUCCAACAAGCUCACAGACGAGGAUGGCCAUUUUGAUCCCCGUCAAGUGGAGAGGGAAUCGGACGAGGUCGAUGUUUGUAUCGUUGGUGGCGGCCCUGCUGGUCUUGCCUCUGCGAUUCGCUUAAAGCAGCUGGCCAAUGAAGCUGGUAACGAAGAGUUUCGUGUUAUUGUGUUGGAAAAGGCUGGCGAGAUAGGCGCACAUAUUCUCUCGGGCAAUGUUCUAGAACCGACCGCUAUCAAUGAGCUUUUGCCAGAUUGGCUCUCGGAGGAUAACCCCUCAAGAUUCGAGGGUGCCACGCCGGCCAAAGGAGACAAGAUGCGCUUUUUAACUAAGAACUCGGCAAUUCCAAUUCCUGCGCCACCGCAGAUGAACAAUCACGGCAAUUAUAUCAUCAGCUUGAACGAGCUGACCAAAUGGCUGGGUGAGCGAGCCGAGGAACUGGGUGUGGAAAUCUACCCUGGCUUUGCUGCCAGUGAGCUAGUCUACAAGCCGGAUGGGUCGGUGCUUGGUGUCGCAACCAACGAUCUCGGAAUCGGCCGUGAUGGAAAAGCCAAGGAGAGUUUCGAGCGUGGUAUGGAGUUCCACGCUCGUAUAACCCUGCUCGCAGAGGGUUGUCAUGGUAGUUUGACAAAGCAGGUCAUCAAAAAGUACGAUCUUAGACGCGAUAGCCAACCGCAAACCUAUGGAAUCGGUCUGAAGGAAGUCUGGGAAAUUCAGCCGGAGAAGUUUAAGUCUGGGGAGAUUAUUCAUUCUAUGGGCUACCCGCUUCCCAAGGAUACCUAUGGCGGAUCUUGGUUGUAUCAUUUUGGUGAUAAUAUGGUCAGUAUUGGGAUGGUGGUUGGCCUUGAUUAUCCUAACCCGUGGCUCUCGCCAUAUGGGGAGUUCCAGAAGCUCAAGCACCACCCUCUCUUCAAGGAGGUCCUGGAGGGUGGUAAGUGCAUUUCAUAUGGUGCCAGAGCCCUGAACGAGGGUGGCUUCCAGUCAAUCCCGAAGUGUGCAUUCCCUGGUGGCGCCUUGAUCGGUGAUACUGCUGGAUUUUUGAAUGUUCCUAAGAUCAAGGGUACCCACACGGCUAUGAAGUCAGGUAUGCUGGCUGCUGAAUCCGCUUUCUCGGCAUUGCAGGGUAAAGCGGACGAUGCAACCGUUUUCCUCUUUGACUAUGAGGAUGCUCUUCGAAAGUCGUCGAUCUGGAAGGAGCUGUAUGAGGUGCGCAACAUGAGACCUUCCUUUAGUACUCCACUCGGCCUUUACGGCGGCAUCAUGUAUUCCGGGUUGGAAGCCUAUCUUUUCAAGGGCAGGACCCCAUGGACGCUCAAGCAUCACGGUACAGAUGCAGCAGCCACCAAGCAAGCUUCUGAGUGUGAGAAGAUCGAGUACCCCAAGCCGGAUGGCGUCAUCAGCUUCGAUAUUUUGACCAGCGUCAGUCGGACCGGUACCAAUCACGAGGAAGAUCAGCCGGUACACUUGCAGGUGGCAGACUGGGACAAGCACAAGGACAUUGCUUGGCCUAAGUACAAGGGGGUUGAGAACCGGUUCUGCCCCGCUGGAGUGUAUGAAUAUGUUGAAGAUUCGACCAAGGAGCACGGUGUUCGGUUCCAAAUCAAUGCUCAGAACUGCAUUCACUGCAAGACCUGUGACAUUAAGGUGCCGACACAAGACAUCAAUUGGCAAACCCCUCAAGGUGAUAACUUUGUUCUAUUUGAUUGCAAUGAGCUAACAUUUUCUCGCGGCGCCCUGCGUGGGCGCCAUGGGAGGUCUUCAGUUACCAAGCAGGAUAUCGAGGAACACUUUAGCACUCAUGGCUCCGGAAAGAUUACUGAGAUUAAGCUUAUGAAUGGCUUCGGAUUCAUUGAAUACGAAGAUGCGAUGGAUGCUAGAGAUGUUGUACCAGCGUUCCAUGGCAGUGAUUUCAAAGGCGAGCGACUCACUGUACAAUUCGCGCGGGGGCCACGUCGCAAGGAGAACUUCCCUGGCCCAAUGGACCGUCCUAAUAUGCCUCGUCCCCGUCGCACGGCUUACCGUAUGAUGGUUUCUGGACUCCCGGAAACAAGUUGGCAGGACCUUAAAGACUUUGCACGUGGAGCGGGUCUUGAUGUCGUUUACUCGGAAACUGGCCGCGAACUUGGCAGAGGGUUCGUUGAAUUUGAGACUGCGAACGACCUGAAGACUGCCAUUGAGAAGCUCGAUGGGCGUGAUUUCAAAGGCUCCCGAGUGAGCUGCGUGGCAGAUAUCCAGCCUGUUGACGAGCGCCCUUUCCAUGAGUACGACCGGAGAUUCCCUCCACCUCGGGGCUACAGUCCCCGUGCUCAUUACCGGGAGCGGUCACCAAUUCCAAUGCGCCGGGAUUAUUAUGACCGUGAUGGCUAUGGACGCCGGACGCCUCCCCGUCCCCGUAUUGAUGAUUAUCCACCUCCACGUCGACCCUAUGAAGACCCCUAUGAUGUCCGCCCCCCGCCGCCGCCUCCUCGGUAUGAGGAUCCCUAUAUGCCACCAAGGCCUUACGGACGCCCUCGAAGUCCCCCACGGGGUGAAUAUGUGCCCUAUGACCGCCGUGGUUACUGGUAA